AUGUUUCAUGUCAAGUUACUGACUGCUUAUUUGCUCUUGCGAAUUACGUUUUGUCAAGUGUUCGACGUGACGAUUUGUCCGAAUGGUCUUACAGAUCCAUCGAGUGGUCCAUAUUGGCAAUCGUCAAUACCAAAACGAUUCGAAUUGUUUGCUGAAGUGAGCACAGAUGCCAAAUCUGUACUAAUAACUCAACUAUUUCAUAGUCCAAAUCGUGAUGCUAUUAUUUUUCAUAAUUUUGAAUUUAUUACACAAAAAUAUUAUGAUUUUCAAACGAAUGAAAUUUUAUCUACUAAUAAGAACAUGGAAUGCACUCGAUCAGAAAUUGACACAAACGAAGGACAACCAAUUGUUAUUAGUCAAAUUGUGAAACCGUCCAUUUUGCUUGGUUUUAAUGGAAGAAAUGAAUAUAAUAAUAGAUUUCAUACGCGAUAUGUCGGUCCAACAAUCGUUCGUAGCGGCAUCGCUGUUCAACGAUUUGAAUCAUGUUUCUAUGUUUCCGAACAAAACUUAACAAUCAAUGCCACCUAUUUUCUUAAAUUGUCUCACUCAAAUGUUGUAUCGGAUAUUGUUCAAAUUGAUGUCUUAUCAAAGAAUUUUUCUUACACAUACAAUAUUAUACGUUUUACAUCCAAUCCAAUUCUUGACAUAGCAACACCACCAGGUGUCUUCUGUCCGAAUCGAACUGUAACUAAGGAGAUUCCGGAAAAUUUUCCAUCUCGUUUAUCUUUGCAUGCCGAAGCUUUGAUACCUGUGCUCAACACUACUAGUACAACAAUUGAAUCAUAUGAUCGUCUCGUUGAUGAAGUGUUGGAAUUUGAAAGAAUCGACUAUAUCGAAGCGAAAAAUAACAAUCUACCAUCGAGUGCAACUCGAAUGUUAAUCGAUUAUUCAGUUGGUCUCAGUUAUACUUAUGAACGAGAAACACAGCAAUGUACAGUGAUGAACAUGAGUGUCAAUAUACAUAUGCAUACCAUGAGUCAAAUCGUAUUUCAGUUCGGUGUUGAUAAUAAUGUAAUUAAAUUUCAAUAUACGGGUAUUCACGAAUGUGAUCGUGAUCGAUUGCAAUGCCAUCGAUGGAUCGGACAAAAUGAACAAGUGAAUUUCAUUCAACAGUAUGAAUGGUUUUGGUCAGCAAAAUAUGAUCAAAUUGAUUUACAACAAUUCAUUCCAAUCAAAGUUAAUAUUGAUAUUAUUAGCAAACAUGAUCAAUCAAAAGUUCGUCAAGAAUUCAGUAAGCAUAUAUAUAUACUAAUAGUAUCUUUUGCUUAA